AUUUUUGGUAUAAAUAAUUUGGGGGUGGGGGGGUUUGGUAUGUGUAUAGUGCGUCUGCAUGUCCAACUUCCCUUCCAUCUCCUUGGCAGAAGACCGGCCGGGGCAGACAACGACACGACAACAAACCAAAUUACACCAAACCAAUUUUGAACCAAAAAUAUAACCACAAGAAAGAAGAAGAAAAAGAAGAAUCUCAACGACAACAACUACAAGAAACGACAAGAAUUGAAUUGAAGAAGAAUGAUGAUGAAGGAGACGUUCUUCAUAUCGCAUGGAUCGCCAACGUUGUCAAUCGACGAAAGCCUUCCGGCAAGGCACUUCCUCAAAUCAUGGAAGGAGAAGGUAUUUCCGCACGUGCCCAAAUCCAUCCUUGUCAUUUCCGGCCACUGGGAAACUGAUGUCCCUACGGUCAACGUCAUCUACAAUCGUCACGACACCAUUUACGACUUCUAUAACUUCCCUAAACCCAUGUACCAGCUCAAGUAUCCAGCCCCAGGUGCUCCUGAAUUGGCAAAGAGGGUAAAAGAACUACUUGUGGCAUCAGGCUUCAAUCGUGUUGACGAAGAUAGUAAGCGUGGGCUUGAUCAUGGAGCAUGGGUGCCGCUGAUGCUAAUGUAUCCGGAGGCCAAUAUUCCAGUGUGCCAACUCUCUGUCCAAUCACAUAAGGAUGGUACUUACCACUUCAACUUGGGGAAGGCACUGGCCCCUCUUAAGGAGGAGGGAGUCCUCAUUAUUGGUUCUGGAAGUGCUACUCACAAUUUGUCGACCCUCAUGAGGAAUUUUAGUACGGAUGGUGCAGUUGCUCCUUGGGCUUCAGAGUUUGAUACUUGGCUUAAAGAGGCGCUUCUUGAAGGAAGAUAUGAAGAUGUGAACCACUACACAGAGAAGGCCCCAUAUGCAAAGAAGGCUCACCCUUGGCCUGAUCAUUUCUUCCCAUUGCAUGUAGCCAUUGGUGCUGCAGGUGAAGAUGCCAAGGCAAAGCUCAUCCACCACAGCUGGAGUCUUGGUACUCUUUCUUAUGCCUCCUACCAGUUCACGUCAGCUACCAGUUGAAUCCCCAUUCCAAUUGCAAAAGUGGAGCUAUACGUCAUGUUUAUCCAUCUAUUCGUGUUUAUUUGUUUGAUGCUAAAGGUAUAUGAGUUUAAAUUUUAGAUCUGUUGAUCUAUAUUAAUGUUAUGCAGCUACCAGUUGAAUCCCCAUUCCAAUUGCAAAAGUGCAUCUAUAUAUCAUGUUUAUCCUGCUAUUUGUGUGUUUUUUGUAUGAAGUGAAAUGUAUAUGAGUUUAGAUCUUUGGAUCUAUAUUAAUGUUAUGACAACAUAUAGAUAUUGUGUGUUUGCAAUGUAAAAUAAUGCUCCGCACUGUUUGGUUUGACUACCAGAAAUUCAAGUAAAAUAGUUGAUUAA